CUGUCGUUUUGUUUAUCUACAAACUUUUUUUGGCCGCAAUUGCUGUUCAAUUUAAUUAUAAAAGUUUCUUGUUCAAUUGGCCAGAAGAAAUACGCCUGCCGUCAACGUAACUGUUCGUUUCUGUCGCCGGUGCAUUACCGAUAACGGGCUAACAAACUAAUCGCCAGCUUUAGGCAAUGACUUCCCAUUUUAUGAGCGUGUUGCGCCAGGCCUUCAAAACAUUCGAUCGAGCCAAUCUUGCCAGCUUCAAUGCCAAUCUGCAGCAUUUGAAGAAGCUCACCGAUGAGCUCACCUAUCGUGAUCUACAUAUCAAGGAGGAACUGUUCCGCGAUGACGUCACCAGCGUCGACCGUGCGCCCUGCAGCUACAUGCACAUUUUCGAGGAUGAACGCUUCUCCAUGAGCCUGUUCAUUGUGCGUGGCAACAAUUCGAUUCCACUGCACGAUCAUCCCAUGAUGUACGGCCUGUUGCGUUGCAUCUGGGGUAAACUGCAUGUGCAGAGCUAUACACAGCAGCUGCCCGCGGAUGAGCCGCUACAGUAUGAGCCAAAUCCCACAUUGGUCAACGUUGUCGCCGAGGAGCCCUGCCUGCUGACAGCGGAAACAGCGAGCGCAUUGCUCACACCACGCAAACGUAAUUAUCAUCAGAUAGCGCAGGCCGGAAACAGCAUUGCUGCUUUCUUCGAUAUACUCAGUCCGCCGUAUGAUGCCAAUAUGCCAAUACAUGGUCCACGUCGUUGCCGCUUCUAUCGCCCCGAGCCCGAUGGGGAACAGCUGCAGUUGCAGUGCAUCCCCUCGCCAAAUAGUUAUUAUUGUGAUUUGGCCACCACACCGGAUACGGUGCUACAGUGCGGCUUCGUUUGCGCCGCUGAAGCAUACGAUGCCAAUGCCACAGCCGUAAAGUAAAAUAUCUUUUCACAAUUUGUACGUUUUCCUUAAUUUAUUUCCACUGAACAAAAACAUCAUUUCAAGCAUUUUCUGUGUUAUUUAAAUAAAAUUGCCUCUUUUUUUAUUGUUCGAGUGCAAU